UCGCGGGGGGCGGGGCGCGGCGGCUGGCGGGAAAGCGGCUGGCGGGCGAUCGGCAGAGGCGGCGGAGCUCCUCGUCCGGGCCGGCGCCAUGCACGUCGUCAAGCGAGAUGGCCGCCACGAGCGCGUCAUGUUCGACAAGAUCACCUCCCGAAUCCAGAAGCUCUGCUACGGCCUCAAUUUGGACUUCGUGGAUCCCGCUCAAAUCACCAUGAAGGUGAUCCAGGGUCUCUACAGCGGGGUGACAACCGUAGAACUGGACACGCUGGCUGCUGAGACGGCAGCCACCCUCACAACCAAGUACCCCGACUACGCCAUCCUAGCCGCACGAAUCGCUGUCUCCAACCUUCACAAAGAAACAAAGAAAGUCUUUAGCGAUGUGAUGGAAGACCUCUACAACUAUGUGAAUCCACACAAUGGCAAACAUUCUCCAAUGAUCUCCAAAGAAACACUCGACAUUGUAGAGGCCAACAAAGAUCGACUGAACUCUGCAAUAAUUUACGAUCGGGAUUUCUCCUACAAUUACUUUGGCUUUAAGACUCUGGAGCGCUCCUAUCUUCUGAAAAUCAAUUCUAAAGUGGCUGAGCGUCCCCAGCAUAUGCUGAUGAGGGUGUCUGUGGGAAUCCACAACAACGACAUUGAGGCGGCCAUCGAGACCUACAACCUCCUUUCCGAGAAAUGGUUUAUCCACGCCUCCCCGACUCUCUUCAACGCCGGGACCAACCGCCCCCAGCUCUCCAGCUGCUUUCUGCUCUGCAUGAAGGACGACAGCAUCGAAGGGAUCUACGACACGCUGAAGCACUGCGCGCUCAUCUCCAAGUCUGCGGGUGGAAUUGGGGUGGCGGUGAGCUGCAUCCGAGCCACCGGCAGCUACAUUGCUGGGACAAAUGGGAACUCCAACGGGCUGGUCCCAAUGUUGAGAGUCUACAACAACACGGCUCGCUACGUGGACCAAGGGGGGAACAAGAGGCCUGGAGCCUUUGCCAUCUACCUGGAACCGUGGCACUUUGAUGUCUUUGAGUUUCUGGACUUGAAGAAAAACACUGGGAAGGAGGAGCAGCGGGCUCGGGACCUUUUCUAUGCUCUCUGGAUCCCAGACCUCUUCAUGAAACGGGUGGAGACCAACCAGGACUGGUCCCUGAUGUGUCCAAACGAGUGCCCAGGUCUUGACGAGGUCUGGGGAGAAGAUUUUGAGAGGCUCUAUGAGAGCUAUGAGAGGCAGGGGCGCGUUCGCAAAGUGGUGAAGGCUCAGCAGCUCUGGUACGCCAUCAUCGAGUCGCAGACGGAGACAGGAACGCCGUACAUGCUGUACAAGGACUCUUGCAACCGGAAGAGCAACCAGCAGAACCUCGGAACCAUCAAGUGUAGCAACCUGUGCACCGAAAUUGUGGAGUACACCAGCAAGGAUGAGGUUGCGGUCUGCAACUUGGCCUCCAUUGCCCUGAACAUGUACGUCACGCCAGAGCACACGUACGAUUUCAGGAAGCUGGCUGAGGUCACCAGAGUCAUUGUCCGGAACCUGAACAAGAUCAUCGACAUCAACCACUACCCGGUGGUGGAGGCCGAGAACUCAAACAAGAGCCACCGCCCCAUUGGCAUCGGGGUGCAAGGCCUGGCGGACGCCUUCAUCCUCAUGAGGUUCCCCUUUGAGAGUCCCGAGGCCCAGCUGCUCAACCAGCAGAUCUUCGAGACCAUCUACUACUCGGCUCUGGAGUCCAGCUGCGAGCUCGCCAGGGAACACGGGCCGUAUGACACCUACGAGGGCAGCCCGGUCAGCAGAGGAAUCCUUCAAUACGACAUGUGGAAUGUGACUCCCACAGACCUUUGGGACUGGAGUGCUUUGAAGGCAAAAAUUGCCCAGUACGGGGUCAGGAACAGCCUCCUCGUGGCCCCGAUGCCAACAGCUUCUACGGCUCAGAUUUUGGGUAACAAUGAGUCUGUGGAGCCCUACACCAGCAACAUCUACACCCGCCGGGUUCUCUCGGGGGAGUUUCAGAUAGUGAACCCCCACUUGUUGAAAGACCUGACUGAGAGGGGCCUGUGGAACGAGGAGAUGAAGAACCAGAUCAUUGCCUUCAGUGGCUCCAUCCAGAACAUCCCGGAGAUUCCCGAGGACUUGAAGCAGCUCUACAAGACAGUGUGGGAGAUCUCCCAGAAAACCAUCCUGAAGAUGGCAGCCGAUCGGGGGGCGUUCAUCGACCAGAGUCAGUCGCUGAACAUCCACAUUGCGGAGCCCAACUACGGGAAGCUGACCAGCAUGCACUUCUAUGGGUGGAAGCAGGGCCUGAAGACGGGGAUGUACUACCUGAGGACCAAGCCAGCGGCCAACCCCAUUCAGUUCACCCUGAACAAGGAGAAGCUGAAGGAGAAGAGCUCCAAGGCAGAGGAGGAGAAGGAGCGGAACAAGGCCGCCAUGGUGUGCUCCUUGGAGAACAGGGACGAGUGCCUGAUGUGCGGGUCCUAAGGAGCUGCUGGACCUGGCACCCCCGCGCCUCCCCCGCCCCCGAGCUAGGUUAGGCAGGUCUGGGUUCCUUUGCUGUGCAGCGAGGCUGUGGCGCUGUGCUGGCGGGAGAGGAGGCCGGAAGUGCGCAGGUAGCUGGGCAGCAGCAAUAAUGCACUCGGCUCCCCUUGGAAACAGCCAAGCCAGGAUCGGGGAUUAGGGUCUGGGGGGAGGGAAGCAGAUGGAAACUGCUGGAACGACUGGUAGCAAGAACCCGCAAGGGCCCUCGAGCAGCCCCGCGUUCCGAGCGCUGUGACCAAGAGGCUGCUCCUAAGGACGUGCAGGGAGCCGAGCUCAGGCACGCUGGGGCCGGGGGAUUGGGCUCCCGUGACAGUCGCGUCUGGCCUCUGGCCUGUUCCUUUCUGGAGAGAAAGUGCUCGGCCUGCUGUUCUGCGGCACCUUCCGAUCGGGUCUUUUCCACGUAUCCAUAGGCUGUCUUUGGGGAAGGAUUCCAUUUUUAUAGAUAGGACAAUUCCAAUUCCUCCCUCCCUCGUUGUAAAGCCUGUACAAACGUUGCUGGGUUAAGAUCCCGACUGUCCUUAGUUGCGCAGCGUUGUCAGGGCCUCUUGGGCUGGGCUACCCUUACUAAACAAGAAUGCUUCUUGACUCCACUGUUUAGUUUUCUAGCAAAAUCCGUGACUUCCUUUUCGACUAUUUAUUGUAUUUGGGUACUCUGCAUGUAGACUUGAACCCUUUAUGCUUAUCCAAUACAUCAAUAAAGACUGCGUAUAAAGUUG